AUUAUGGGAGUUGUGGGAGGCUUGAUUCUGCUGCUAGUUAUUUGUCUAAUUGCAAUGAGGAAAAAAGUGAGAUCUGUCAUUUUUGGGAGCCCAGUUACUGUAGAUACCGGCAAUGAAGAAUGGCAUGGAUAUUCUGCCGAAUCCGGGUUACUAAUGCAGGGCCAGCAACAUUUUAUCAUGAGUUUAGAUGCAUUGGCAGAAGCCACACAAAAUUUUCAUGAAAAUAACAAGCUUGGAGAAGGAGGCUUUGGAAGUGUAUACAGGGGAACAACUAGAGACGGAAAGGAAAUAGCAGUUAAAAAGUUGUCUGCAAGAUCUACGCAAGAUCCCGAAAAACGUAGACAACUAAAUUGGCAACAACGCUAUAACAUCGCAAUUGGAAUUGCUCGAGGUCUUCUCUAUCUUCAUGAAGAUUCACAGAUGAAAAUCAUUCACAGAGAUAUUAAAGCAAACAAUAUUUUACUUGACGACAAGCUUAAUGCUAAAAUAGCAGACUUUGGUUUAGCGAGACUUUUCCUUGAAGACGAGACCCAAAUCCAAACCAGAGUUGCAGGCACAUACGGCUACAUGGCUCCAGAGUAUGCGAUGAGAGGGCAGCUGUCGGUAAAAGCCGACGUUUAUAGUUUUGGCGUGCUAGUGCUUGAGAUUGUGAGCGGAAGAAAAAAUACAGAUCUCAAUCUUCCUCAUGAAAUGCAAAAUUUGUUGGAAUGGGCAUGGAGACUGUAUAGAGGAGGAGAUGUGAUAAGUAUGGUUGAGUCAAAUGUAAGAGAGAGUUGGCCGAAGGAAAGCGUGGAACGAUGCAUUCACGUUGCGCUUUUGUGUGUACAAGCCGACGCCACAGUUCGUCCAGCUAUGUCAAAUGUUAUUAUGAUGAUAUCCACUAAUGCGUUCGCAUUGCCAAAUCCAACAAAGCCAGCGUUUUUGAGUGCCUCGGCUUCAAGUGAAGAAAUAGGAUUAGAAAAGCGUGAAAAGGGCACACCCACAUUUACAGAGUCGCAGUCGUCUGGAACGACCGCUUCAUCUACCUCAGGCGUUCCGUCUGUAAAUCAAACCUCCAUUACCGACGUGGGGCCAAGAUAA